AUGAGUGUAAUAACUGAUAAUCUUGGUCUAAUUGCAGCAGGAGCUGGUGGCUUGUUUGCUGGUGCUGCAUUAUAUAUAACGUAUGGAGAGUCUGUAGGUAUGUCCCGUUUCGGCAUUGAAACAUAUUGGCAAUAUUUUCCAAUUAUGUAUCGUCAAGCUGCAACAGGACAAGCUAUAUUUGCUAUGGUAUCAGGUUUAUCAGGUCUUGCACAUGCUUAUAAUAGUCCAUUGGCCAACAGAAAUCUGUGGCUUACCUCUAGCUGUAUUUUCGUUGGAAUGCUGCCAUACACUGUCAUGAUUGUCGCACCAGUCAACAAUCAAAUUAUGGGUAAAGACAAACAACGAAUUGUAUCGUCAAUAUCAGAAAAAAAAGCCUUAUUAGAAAAAUGGGCAUAUUUACACUUGGUUCGUACAGUAGGAAGUUGUGUUGGAUUUGGUCUAAUGAUCUAUGGUAUUAGUAAACAUUGA